CACACACACAAGCGGCCAGUCCAGGUUUGAAGCCCCUCAGAGAAGCCCCGCUGGAUCCUCACAUCGCCUGUCAGCAUGGGGAGCGCUUGUUUUUCCCGGGACGUUUGUUUGUUUAUCCUCCUCAUAAAUACUUGCAGGGUGAUGGGGAAUGUCGGACUCGCAGAUGCAGACGAGUGCUCAGACGGUUCGGACGACUGCCACAUUGAUGCCCUCUGCCAGAACACGCCCAAGUCCUACAACUGCAUCUGCAAGCCGGGCUACACAGGGGAUGGGAAGCAGUGCGAGGACGUGGACGAAUGUACGAAUGACUACAACGGCGGCUGUGUCCAUGAAUGCAUCAACAUACCAGGGAACUACAGGUGCACCUGCUACGACGGUUUCAUGCUGGCCCACGAUGGACACAACUGUUUAGAUGUGGACGAGUGUCUGGACAACAACGGAGGAUGCCAACAAGUGUGCGUGAACACAAUGGGAAGCUACGAGUGUCAGUGUACAGAGGGCUUCUUCCUCAGCGACAACCAGCACACCUGCAUUCACCGCUCCGAUGAUGGAAUGAACUGCAUGAACAAAGACCACGGCUGUGCUCACAUCUGCCGAGAAGCUCCCUUCAAAAGCGGGGUGUCAUGCGAGUGCCGACCUGGUUUUGAGUUGGCCAAAAACCAGAAAGACUGUACAUUGACUUGUAAUUAUGGAAAUGGAGGUUGCCAGCACACAUGUGAAGACACGGAUACAGGGCCGGUUUGUGGCUGCCACCAAAAGUAUGCCUUGCAUUCAGACAGCAAGACCUGCAUCGAGAAAGAUGAGGCUGCAAUUGAGAGCUCUGAGUUCAAUGCCACGUCAGUAGCUGAUGUGGACAAGCGGGUGAAACGGCGGCUACAUAUGGAGAGCUGUGCUGUAAACAACGGCGGCUGCGACAGGACCUGCAAAGACACAGCCACAGGGGUACGCUGCAGCUGUCCAGUGGGGUUCACCCUGCAGCCUGAUGGCAAAACCUGCAAAGAUAUCGACGAAUGCGAGGAGAACAACGGAGGCUGUGACCACUUCUGCCGAAACACGGUGGGCUCCUUCGAGUGCAGCUGCCAGAAAGGAUUCAAACUUCUCACAGAUGAACGGACAUGCAAAGAUACUGAUGAGUGCUCCUUUGAGAGGACCUGUGACCACACCUGCGUUAACUACCCCGGCAGCUUUGAGUGCGUGUGCAACAAGGGAUACAUCCUCUACGGCCAGACACACUGUGGAGAUGUUGAUGAGUGUAGCAUCAACAAUGGAAGCUGCGAGCAUGGCUGCAUAAACACACAGGGUAGCUACGAGUGUGUUUGUCCCGCCGGACAGAAACUCCACUGGAACAAGAAAGACUGCAUCGAGGCUGUGAAAUGUCUACCGAAUGGAAAGCCUGCGCCGCGAGCCCAGCUGAUCUGCACUAAGAGCGGAGGCGCAGAAGUCUGCUCGCUCUCAUGUCCCUCCAAUGCUCUCUUUCUUGCAGACUCAGAGAACUACACACUAAGCUGUGGCGUGCCCAUCCAGCCUGACCCGUUGGCCCCGCCCAUCAAGCAGAAGGCCAAGUUUAAGAUUAAAGAUGCCAAGUGUCACCUGAGCCCGCGCAGCAAGGAGAAGCAUAGAGAUUCGUCCAAGCAGAACAUCCAAGGAAGCCAGUUUCCCUGCACCGACGACUGCCAGGUAACGUUCGUCAACUUCAAGUGUGACUCGUCAAAGAAACGCCGCAGAGGGCGCAAGUCUCCAAUGAAAGAGGUUUCCCUCAUCACGGCAGAGUUUGAAAUGGAGAUGAAGGAAGAGGAAGCCUCAGACUCCUGCAACGUUGACUGCGUGCGGGAGAAGAUGAAGCUGAAGCUCCAGAGCGCCAUGCGGACCCUGAGGAAGUCCAUCAACAAGCAGCAGUUCUACAUCCAGUUCUCUGGGACCGAGUACGAAGUGGCCCAGAAACCGUCCAGGACUUCAGAGGGAGCCGAGACCUGCAGCACGGGUCAAGUCUUCCAAGAUGGGAAGUGUGUGAGUUGCGGCGCAGGGACGUUUUACAGUGGAGAGCAGGAGCAGUGUGUUCAGUGUCCUCCGGGAACGUACCAAGACAUGGAGGGUCAGCUGUCCUGUGAGCCAUGUCCAAGUACUGAAGGUCAGGGCAUCGCUGGUGCCAAGAAUGUGUCUCAGUGUGGAGGUCAGUGUCCCGCAGGUCAGUAUUCCACUGAUGGCUUCCGGCCAUGCCAGCCCUGUCCUCUGGGGUCCUACCAGCCAGAACCAGGCCGGGUUCUUUGCUUCCCAUGUGGAGGAGGCCUCAUGACCAAAUAUGAAGGUUCUGUCACCUUCAGGGACUGUGAGGCCAAAGUACACUGUGCUCCUGGACACUAUUACAACUCCAGUACCCACCGCUGCAUCCGCUGCCCACCAGGGACAUACCAGUCUGAGUUUGGCCAGAACUACUGCAUCAACUGCCCCGGGAACACCACCACUGACUUUGAUGGUGCCACCAAUGUGUCCCACUGCAAAAACCAGCUGUGUGGAGGGGAAGUGGGAGAAUACACCGGCUACAUUGAGUCUCCCAACUACCCUGGAGAUUAUCCCUCAAAUGUGGACUGUGUCUGGUCUAUAAACCCACCACACAAAAGACGAAUCCUCAUCGUGGUGCCAGAGAUCUUCCUUCCCAUUGAAGAUGAGUGUGGAGAUGUGCUUGUCAUGAGAAAGAGUGCGGUGCCCACCUCCAUCACAACCUACGAGACAUGUCAGACCUAUGAGCGACCAAUAGCCUUUACCUCUCGCUCUCGCAGACUUUGGAUCCAGUUUAAGUCUAACGAGGGGAACAGUGGCAAAGGCUUCCAAGUCCCAUAUGUCACCUAUGACGAGGACUACCAGCAGUUGAUAGAGGACAUAGUGCGAGAUGGUAGACUUUAUGCAUCUGAGAACCACCAGGAGAUACUCAAGGACAAGAAGUUAAUAAAAGCCCUGUUUGACGUACUCGCCCAUCCCCAGAAUUACUUUAAGUACACAAGCGCAGAGUCCAAAGAGAUGUUCCCUCGCUCGUUCAUCAAGCUGCUGCGGUCCAAAGUGACCAGGUUCCUGCGACCAUACAGCUAGACUGAAAACCUUCUUGCACUUUCUUGUUAGACCCUUGUGAUCCUGCAUCGUUUCAGAUCCACCAGCCUACACGUAACACUGAAUCCCUGAUCACCGUCUGCCCCCUGUUCAGGAUUUUGCCCGUUUUGUGGCUGAAAAGCCUAAUUUUCUGUAUCUGCCCUCAGCCUCUGUUGUCACAUGAUGCCUUUCAACGUCUUGAACACAAAACUUUAAGCCCCACCCUUUGUGGUAACUGUUCACCUAAACAUGCAAAGUUUGACAAAUAUAGGUUUCUGAGGCCAGUUAUUGUUAUGUUGCGGAAAUCUCCAUUAGUAUUUCAUUUUGUAAAAGACAUGUUUCUAUUAUAUCAGCAAAGAGAGUUAUAACCCUAAAUACACCAAUAUAAAAACAUCUAUAGUUUUAAAGAAUGCCCUACAGAUGGAAAGCACAGUGUUAAUGAUGUUAAAUGUUUUGAUAGAUUAGUGUACUCAACAGCUAAUCCUACUAAUUGAUCUUUAGUCCCUAGAUGCUGUCAACAUCUUUGUAUGACUUAAAGUAAAAACUGGUGAUUCCUUUAUACAUUUAUUUUAGAUCAAUGCUUGACAUAACAGAAUUUGAUCCAAACUAACAGUUAACUACAAUAACUGUCCAAUAGAAAUUACCCUUUACACCAAUUAACUGGAU